AACAUUUUGUAAUAAGCUGAGUAGAAGCUAAGUAUUCUGUUCAAUAGUAAUUUGUUGACAGUUCUUGAAACAUUUUUCAAAAAAGUUAGUGUUGCCAGGAAAGUCUAGUGAUAGGUUUCGCCAAGUCGGCUCCUUUAGUCAAAAAUUACGUUGAAAACUUCACUCGCGGCGGAAUUAUCUCUCUUCGAUGGCUUAAUGGCGUACUUAAUUAAAUAUUUGCAAAAGUCGCGUUCAAACGAAUUAUAUUGGGCUAGCUGCCUGUUGUAUACGCGUUUGGUGACUAGGCCGGAGUGCUCUCCCCGGGGGCGCAUUCGCUAGAUAUUGGGUGUGAUAUGAAUUCUAAGAACCUACUAUUAGCAGCAAAAGUGCAGCGAUCGUAAAUAAACUUCGUAUUUUAAAUUUUAAUCUAUUCAUUGGUUUCGAUACAACUGGUGGACUCUAACGCGAUUGUCUGCGUAGAUAAGGCUUUGGGGGGUGAUUGUUGAACGAAAUGGUCGACGUGCUAAACAGUGAAUCUGUAGCUGAGCCAGUGUUUGCUUAUCAAUAGUAAUACGAAGAAAUGUGCAACGAACAGUUGCCGGUUGUUGAAUAAAAAAUUACCCGCACUGACGAACCACUCACAGAAACACGAAACAAGGUGACCGAAAAGUAAAAGAUUUGUAGUGAAUCUGGGUGCAAGGUGAUGAGAUCAGUCUACGGUUUCCAAUCGUGAGUGUAGAACGACACCUCACAUCCGGAAUUUGGCGAAAAUACGAGCCCAGUGUGCAAGUGAACACAGCGAAGAAAUGGUGAAUUAGAAGUAACAAGUAACCAGUGAGAGAAAGUAACGGCCAUGUUGUGAUACCACAUAGUGCAAUAAACUAUCGCCAACGUACAGUCACUUUCGUGAAGUAAUGUGCAUUGGAUACCACAGAUUCUUGGAGUAAAUAUUAAAAAUUAUAAAGCAAAAUUAAUAAUCGAAUUUGAUAAUGAGUGAUUCGGCGACCGAUCUACUACUAACCAACCAACAGAUCACGUUGGAGUGUAGAAAUGUGACUUACCGGCCCAAAUCAAAAAGUCUCAAAGAAGACAUACUGAAAGAUGUUUGUGGAAAAUUUAUACCAGGUCGACUUACGGCUAUCCUUGGACCAUCUGGCGCCGGAAAAACGACAUUUUUGAAUGUUUUAUCUGGUUUCAAAGAUACUGGGGUGGGCGGAUCAAUCUUGACAAAUGGCACUUCACGAAGACUGACGGAGUUUCGCAAGAUAUCAUCAUAUAUCCCACAACAGUUUGCGAUGUUAGAUAAAUUAACUGUUGUCGAAACUCUGGAAGCUUCAGCAGAUUUCAAAUUAGGGUUAAGGACAAAGAAAAGUUUCAAAGAAAAAAUUAUAUCCGAGAUUAUAAAUCUAUUGAAUUUGGAGAAAUGCACUCAUACUCUUGUGGAGGGACUGUCUGGUGGUGAAAAGAAGCGCCUCUCGAUCGGUAUCGAACUCGUUACUAAUCCACCGAUUAUGUUUUUUGAUGAACCAACUAGUGGCUUAGAUAGUGUAUCCUCACUACAAGUUAUUACGUAUCUUCAGAGCCUUGCACAUUCCGGAAGGACCAUUGUCUGUGUAGUCCAUCAACCAAGCUCACGACUGCUCAAUUUAUUUGAUGACCUCUUGGUGCUUUCUGCCGGUGAGGUCAUUUACAAUGGAUCUCAGCAUGAUAUGGUGAAAUGUUUCCAAAAUGAUGGGUUCUCAUGUCCAAACUAUUACAAUCCAGCCGAUUAUGCUAUUGAAGUAGCCAGUAGAGAGCAUGGUUCAGACCUCAGCUCCCUAAUUGCAUCGAACAAAUCGAAAUUCUGUGAUGACUCAAAUAUUCAACUAGACGUAAAGGUCGAAGAAAACUCAAUUGUUCUAAAUGGCUUCACUAAAACAGAAAAAUGCAAAAAUUAUAAAGAUAAGGGUGGUUACGCUAAAGCUUACCCGGCUACAUUUGCUGAACAGUUUGCGAUAAUCACGAGAAGGUCAAUGCGCUCAAUGGUCAGAGAUAUGCUAACUGUCCAAAUGCGGGUUAUAGCACACGUCUUCAUCGCCGUUCUUCUGGGGGUGGUUUUCUAUAAUGUUGGCAAUGAUGCGGCGAAAGUUUUGAGCAAUGUGUCCUGUUUGUUUUUCAUGCUGAUGUUUAUAUAUUUUGCCAACUCCAUGCCAAUUGUGUUGACGUGUCCUUUGGAAACACAAGUAUUUCUUCGUGAGCAUUUAAACAACUGGUAUUCCCUAAGAGCAUACUUUCUAGCAAAAUGUGCGGCUGACAUACCUUUGCAGUUUUUAUGCCCCACCUUAUUUGUGGCGAUUGCUUAUUAUCUUACAGGGCAGCCUAAUGAAGUGAGCAGAUUCCUGAUGUUUUGGGCAAUCUGCUUGUUGAUGGGGGCAGUUGGACAAGGAGUCGGAUUAUUUUGUGGAUGCUCCUUUGGAAUGAACCUUUCCGUGUUCCUAGUUCCAGUAUCAAGCAUACCAAUGAUGAUUUUCUGUGGUUUCUUCAUUCGAUUCAAUGAGCUUCCGGAGUGCCUGCAACCAUUGACCUAUGUCUCCUAUUUUCGAUACGCCUUCGAAGGAUCAAUCCAAGCCAUUUUCGGAUACAAUCGACCAGACCUAGAAUGCAAUAUUGCUUUCUGCUAUUAUAAGACAACAACAAAGUUUUUGCAAGAACUGGACAUGACCGGUGACCUGUUUGAAUGGGAUGUGAUAGUGUUGGCUAGUUGGAUUGUGGUUUUGCAGAUCGCGCUAUUCAUUAGUCUGAUUGUGAAGGUAAAAUUAUCGCAAUAGGAUAUUAUGGAAAAGAGGUUUUAUAGCAUUUUUAAUGAAUUAUAUUAAUUUGUAUUUUUGUACUUUUAUAUAUUGUUAUGUUAGUUUUAAUGGAGAAACUAUUGUACUUUAAUAUACAUGGAUACAACGGUACACCAGUGGUA